UCUCAAAGGCUUAGCCUACUGAUUCUGGCUCCUAAUACAGCGCAGUCCAACAAUGGUUUCCAGGAGUGAUGAGACCGAGACAAGAGCCAGGCUGUCAUAAACCUAAAGUAAUCACAGACUAAUAGAUCUGACGUUGCAGUGGUAACUAGAACCGAAACUUGAUUUUUGGCAUAUUGUUACAGCAGAGAAAACCGGACGAUAUCCUGAGACAAGUGACGGAGACAACUGAACCGGCUCUACAGGCAACCGGCUUCCAGGCGUCCACUGAUAUUGGCAACGAGGUUUGCACGCGCAAGGAACUGCGAGUUAUGGAUUUCCCGGGAACUGUCCUACUGCUUCUGUUGUGAGGUUUUCUUCUGCAUCACCUGUUUUAUAACAGUGUUAUUGAAUAUAUUAUUAGAAAUAUAUAAAACUACAACCUAUUUGAUCAUGUACCAACAUAGUAAGAAAUGUUUUACCAUCGAAUCCCUGGUUGGGAAAGACGUGAACUCUUCGACUACCGGCGACGAACCGAUCAGACCUACAGCGCUGAGGUUCACGGAAUCAAUUCACCCGGCGCCCUUUGGGAGUUGUUUCCAGAACUCCGGCAGGACUUUAUACAGCAGUCCAGACAUGAUGUUCCCUGACCCGGGCACACACACAGGGAACUCCGGUCUGCCCCUGCAUCCCCUCCAGCUUCCAUCUCAGCCUUUCUUCAACCCGCAUCAGAGAGACACGUUGAAUUUCUACCCGUGGGUUCUUCGAAACAGAUAUCUCGGACACAGGUUCCAAGAUGAGGACAGCAGCCCAGAGAACCUGCUCCUUCAUGGGCCUUUUUCCCGCAAGCCGAAGCGCAUCCGGACAGCCUUCUCCCCCUCACAGCUCCUCAGGCUGGAGAGGGCCUUUGAGAAGAACCACUAUGUGGUGGGAGCAGAACGGAAGCAGCUCGCCAGCGGCCUCUGCCUCACGGAGACACAGGUAAAGGUUUGGUUCCAGAACAGGAGGACGAAGCACAAGAGACAGAAGCUGGAGGAAGAGUCACCUGAGUCUCAGCAGAAGAGGAAAGGAAGCCAGCACGUCAGCCGCUGGAGGGUCGCUACGCAGCAGGGCAGUGGCCCUGAGGACAUCGAUGUCAUCUCAGAGGACUGACUGACUGCUGGCUGACUGUGUCGGCAGUCUGUGUGCUCCUCUGAACACCUGGUUUGACCUUUCAAUGAAAACGAUCACUGCUUUAAGUUGGACAGGAGAAGGCCAAGUUCAUCAUUUUUAUUACACAGCUCUGAAUGCUGUAAACGUGGUGGACAUCUGCAUUUUGGUCUAUGUUGCUUGCCGUAGCAGCACAAAUGACUGAAGAGAGACGGUUUGACUGAGAGGAAUCCAUUCAAUACAGUUGGUUACUCUAUUGUCUACCUGAACUUGAGAUUGUCCUUCUCUCACACUCACAUUUAACAAAACAUUGUCAUUGUUUUAGCGUUUUCAGUUUGUUGUGUAAUUGUACAAUGCUAAAUAUGCACAAUAUGUUUGAGGUCAAAAAUAAGCCAUUGGUAUGAUAGCUAUAGAGGAACCACCUAGAACCUGCUGAUUCUGUUUAGGAUUUAGUUUGUCUUAAUUAUAGUCUUUACACCAGUCCCACUGAAAAGUAGGUAACCACCGCUACAGACAAUACAUCAGAUGCCACAUUACCCUGAGAUAUGUUUUGGAGUCUCACAUUGGAAUAGUUUGGACAAUUUAAAUUGUAAGUAUUUAUGUACAUCUAAAAAUGUUAUUCUAUGCAUAUUUUGUCCUUGUUUUGUUUCCUCUGUAUGUUUAAAAAGGCAGUUUUUGCCUAGUUUGUUACUCUUUAAAUUCAUUGCAAGUUUGUUUUUGCCCUUUGACCAAUAUUUGAUCCAUUCUACUGAGACCAUGUAGAAUGUACAGCGCAGGCACAUUACAACUUGUCCACAAGAAUGACAUGAAAAAACAAAUGUACCUCAAUACUACAUUUAUUUCAGCAACCACUACAAUUCCUGUGAUAUCAUGUUAUGUAGCACUUCGUAGUGGAAUAUAUAUAUAUAUUUUUAUUUGUUUUAAAUAGAUGUUAGAAAUAACGCACUAUAAGUAGGCCUACACUUUGAUUUUCUUUGAACCUAUGCCCCGAGAGUGAACGUUUUUUGUACUUUCUGUGUGUGGUCAGAUGACUUUGGAAAAUAAAAAAACAUCAACAUAA